GCGAGCGCGGACGUGGCAGCACUCCUCCCCUGAUUCCUUGUGAGUGGCGACUCCAACUCACUCCUCCGAAAUAUAUUCCGCCUUUCCGAUCUGUUUUCCUGUGAAAUUGAUCGUGUUUGUGCAGUUCUUCAACCGUGGAUAAAACGCAAUGGCUAUCUAAAAGUCCAGAUAGAUGGUUCUUUUGAGAUGACAGUGAUUAUUAAUGAGAUAUUCAGAUGAAGUUUUAACUUGAGGCAUUUUGCCUGACUGAGGAAGGUGCCGUGGAGUGGUACACAGAUCAACAGCCGAGUGCCUAAGGAAUUUGAUCAAUUAAUUCAAAGGUUACUACCCCAAGCGACAUUUUUUCUGCCCUUGGGGAGCAGUAUAAAUCGUUGGGAUGAUCAGAGUAAGAUAGCCAGAAUCAGCCGUCCAGUGAUACAACCACUAUUUUCUUGUCAGAGAUGGCGCUAGUGUUGCUGUUGCUGCUAUGGUCGUUCGUGGCAACGUCGUGGGCGUGUCCUAGAGAGUGCCGUUGUUCCCUAGACGAGCGUGGGCGGCGAGGCAUCCGGUGCGAGUCCGGGGGAAUGAGAGACCCUCUGCCUGUUAUGAACAUGGGCACCGAAACAGAACUGCUGUUGAUUUCGGCGCCGCCCGGUAAUCCCAACAGCUUCACACUGGGACCCAUCUUCAAGGGACUGCGGCGGUUGGAGGAGGUGCACAUCACUUACUCAGGGAUCCCGGCUCUUGGUGCCCACUCCUUCUGGGGCCUCCAUCGUCUUCACGUCCUUAACCUUACUUAUAACCACAUCUCCGCCCUCAUGGACACAAACUUCCGUGGGGCGGAUGCUUUGCGCCACUUAGAUCUGAGUCAUAAUCGCAUCCAGUCUGUACCGUCGGCAGUCUUCCGUCACGUGCGCCAUCUCCGCACACUUACCCUAGCCAGCAACAUGAUUCCCGAACUAGUGCCAAGGAUCUUCUUCGGACUUGCAAGACUAGAGCGUCUUGAUCUAAGUCAUAAUCCCCUUGGUGACCUGCAGCCAGAGCGGUUUACUGACGUGCCAGAGCUGCGGCAGCUCUCUUGUGCUGGUUGCCACCUCAGCUCUAUCAGUAGUACACUUCUGCAGACUCUACCACAGCUGCGUGAUCUUGACCUCAGAAAUAAUCGCCUAACGCAAGUGCCUCUCGGAAUAGCCUCCACUGCUCUACCCCAUUUGGUCACUCUUAGACUUGACGGAAACCAUCUUUCCUUUGUGGAAAAAGGAGCUAUUUCUGGUUCACCUUUGACAUCUCUUCACCUUGCUCACAACCGUAUUAGUCGUCUGGAAAUUAAUGCCUUUGCUAAUAGUUCCAUUAAGCACCUUGACCUGUCAUACAACCGUCUGUCUCACCUUGAGCCCGGCGCCCUAGAAGAUACGCUUCACCAGUUACACGAGAUCCAACUAUCAGGCAACUCACUUCACGUGGACCAGCUUCUCACUGUGUUGCCAAAGGCCCGUCAGCUGCGCCGGUUAGGUCUAGGCGACAUGGGUCUAACUAGAUUACCACCGGAACUUCUACGACACUCUCGCCAUCUUCACCAUCUCAACGUGUCGGCAAACUACCUAACAACUUUUUCUACAGAGGUUCUGUUUAACGCACCCCAUUUAAGAUCUCUUGACCUCUCCCUCAACAGUUUCCGGGGGCUUGACGAUGCCUUCUUCGAGUCCGUGACCUCUGCCACUGAGCUUCGUACUCUUCGCUUGGAGGGCAACCCGUGGCAGUGUGACCAGUGCCACGCAGGGCCGCUGUUGCGCUGGCUCCAGGAUGCGCCUGACCAGGAGUCUGGGUGUGACGAGCCUCGCGUGUGGACCUGUAUCAAGUGCAUUGGUCCUCGAGGCGUAGCUGGAGUAGUUCUGUCCCUCCUACCACCAGGUGACCUCCCAGCCUGCCCUUUCACAACGCCAUCAGCUCUCGCAGUCUGGCCUACCUGGAUAGAACCAUCGCUCGACGUGAUGACCGACGAACCUGAGCUACCUCGGGGACAACUGACACGGCAAGAAGACAUUGAUAUAGGAUGGUCAGUAAAGAAAAUGAUGCGAGAGGAAAUCUAUUUGGUCAUUGUGGCUGGAUGUGUCCUCGUUCUUCUUCUGCUGGCACUCAUUAUAGUCGGCAUCGUAUUGUACAACCGGCAUUCUGCCUUCUACUAUACGUAUGAGGAUGACCCAGACAAAAAGCAAAAACUAAUGAGGUUUAAGGAGAGCAAAAACAACAACAGCACUCCAACCAAGAUGCCUGCCAAAGGCCAACUUGACGCCACCAUUGCCACUAUUGAUGAGAUGACGGAUAUUGAUGGAUCUCAAGAGGUGUUAGAGGAAGGCCAAAACCACGCCCCAAAUCAUUCCCCGGCCAUUGUGAGCAACCAUAGCCCAGCUAUUGUUCAAAUCACACUCCAAAUCACACGCAAGCUAUCAACCACAUUCACGAAGAGACCCAUACACCAGAUCAGCCACAAUCACACUCCUCCCCCCAGUCAACCCAAUCAAAAAACAUCCCUUGGGGAAAACCCGACCCAGCAGUCCAACCCUUUAGUAUGACUUUUUCGGGUGUAGGUGCAUUUAUGGAGAAAAUAUCUGUUUCUGAGGCAAGCCUCUGAAAGAAACGGUCUCGAGUGUAAGUGCAUUCAGCAAUUUCUCUCAUACCGAAUUCUUCCUGAACUGGUAGGGCUGUGAAGACUGCGACUAUGCUGAUGAUGUUAUGCAGUCGUGCUUUCUGGUACAGAGCGGCAGGGAAUGCGCGCGUGCCGCCAGUUUUUAAAUGUUUCAAAUUCUUGUUGGUGUUCCUGAUGGAAAUUGUGUUCCAUUCAUGAUGGCGAUUAUUUACUAUGAAACUGAUCUCCUUGGACUUUCCGGCUUCUUAAUUAAAGAGAAAGUGUAUUAUC